AUGUAUAAUACUGGUGUUGCUAUGGGAUCUGUCUUCGACUCGUAUUUUAGUGAUAGGCGUUGCUACCAUGCGUUAAGCGAGGCGGCAAUGGGCAUCCGGUAUCUCCUUUAUUAUUGCGUCCAGGAACUUGACCUUGUCGAGCGGCAACUAGCUCGACGCCUCUACUGGUUGCUAUUUGCAGCGGCAUAUAGCUCUGACAUCUUAGGUAGGCUCUCUGUUGGCCUUGUCGGGCCAAGCCAGGAUCCAAUCAGCUAUCGGCCGGCGGAUCUGACGGACAAUGAGCUGGACGUGUCCACUCCCAUCGGCCCAGGCGAAUUACCAUGGCACGGAGAUGAGAACAGUUAUAUUCCUGGUCUCAACAGUCUCAGCGACCUUUUUGGAUUUGGCACGAGGUACAAUCCACCCCAUCGCCAACGACCCCCUACAUCGGCGGAGUUCUAUUUGAAACAGAUCGCAAACCUCUUCGUGACGAGUUUGCACAUCCGCUCGAAUAUCCUCCAGAAAUUCAUCAGCAGUCCUACGCAGACUCGAUGCGACGAGCAUCAACGCAUUGUCGACGACCUCCUCGAAAUAUUAUAUCACAUGCCCCAAGCCGUCUUCGAAGCGAAUGGGCCAAGUCUCGUCCCUAAAAUUAGAGAUAUUGGUGCAGGCUACCUAGAUCAAGUGGGCAUAGACGGCGAUAGUACGGAGCAAGCUCGAAACGAGAGCGUGCGGGGCCGACUAGAGAAGCUCCUGCGAAGACUAGAUAAUCUUGACUGGCCCUCGUCCCCCGAGCUUAAGAUAACCCAAUAUGGCAUAACACAACUGAUCGUCGAUGGGAAGCCAUUCCUUAUGCUGGCUGGCGAGCUGCACAACUCCUCCCUUAGUUCCGCUAAGUAUAUGGACGAAGUAUGGACUGCCAUGAAGGAUCAGCACAUCAACACACUGCUCGGCUCUGUCACAUGGGAGAUGAUCGAGCCAGUUGAGGGCCAAUUCGAAUUCGGAGGCCUCGACGAGGUACUGAAGGGCGCGAAAGAAAACGAUAUGCGCCUCGUCCUGCUUUGGUUCGGCACCUAUAAGAACGCUGUAUCCACCUAUGUACCCGGCUGGAUCAAGCGUGAUGUUAAGAGGUUCCCCGCGCUCAGGUCCUUGAAGCGGGCGGUGUAA